UUUUCUAGUUGAUGCAACACGUCAGACUUCCAUUGGUGAACAGGGAUUUCCUUAUGACGAGGGUAGACAAUGAAAAACUUAUUAUAGAGAAUAAUGAAUGUAAAGAACUCCUUCUUGAGGCAAUGAGGUAUCACUUAGCACCUGAAAGAAGAUGUGUCUUAUCUACAACGCGCACAAUGGAAAGAAAGCCCAACGGUGCUGACCCUUAUCUUUUUGCCAUAGGUGGUGGAUCUCUCUUUGCCAUUCAUUCCGAAUGUGAAGUUUACAAUCCAAAAUCAGAUUCUUGGUCAGCAAUAGCUCCCAUGCAGUGGAGAAGGUCUAGAUCUGGAGUAACAGGACUAAGAAGGCUCCUAUAUGUUGUUGGAGGGUACGAUGGAGCGUCUGACCUGGCGACAGCGGAAUACUAUAACCCUCUUAAUAACUCUUGGUAUUCUAUCACGCCCAUGGGUACGAAGAGGUCUUGUUUGGGUGAGUGUUUCAUCACGUAG